UAUCCGUCAAAUUCCAUGACAGCUGUCAUUUCCAUCGUACGAAUGAUGCGAAUUGUUUAUUUUUGUUUUGUACCACAAAAUUAAUUAAAUUCCGUGUAAAAGUUUUAAUUAAUGAUAAAAAAUGAGUUUAUUAUGUGACAAAAUUGAUAAAUGCCGCAUUUGCGAUGAAACGGAGGGCAUAAUUGAUAUUCAUCUGGAGGAAUUUAGUGAUGUUCAUGAGAAACUCCAAGCCAUAACCAAUUCCGAGGAAAAAUACAACUAUUGGAUUAGAUUUAUGUGCUUAAAUUGCAAGACACAGCUUGAGUAUCUCUGGGACUUUAUGAUUCGUUGCAGGAACGCUUACAGUAUGUUUGUGGAUGAAAUCGAACUGGAACUGACCAAAUUCAAGAGUGAAUCCCAUGAUGAUUUCUACGUGCAUGGAGAUGAAAUGGAUAUAAUAACCGUUGAGGAAAUCUCGGUGGAAAAUGAGGAAAAGUACGAGGAGAAGGAGGAAAAGUAUGAGGAGAAUGAUGAGGAAAAGUACGAGGAUAAGAAUACGUACAAAAUGUUUUUGGAUGAUGUGGAGGACAGUGAGCAAGCCACAAAAACUGAUCACCUGUACUCGUGUCAACCACAAGAGAAUGAAAUUAAAACGGAUGUGGAGGUGAUUGAGGAGCAGGAGAUUGAAAUUCUGCAAACAGAUGAUUUUGAAAGCUUCAGACCGGAGUUUUUUGGCAAUGAAGAUGAUGAUGUGUCCUUGGAUAGGUCUGCAACUGAUACCGACCUUAAGGACUCAAUGGAACUCCCCGAGGAAGUGGAAGAACCUCUAACAUCGUUGCAGAUGACGGAUUCAAAGGAAGAGUUGAUGCGUCGAGCAAUUUUGAGUGUUCAAAUCCAGAAUCGCCAGGAUGAGUCUAAGAGCCACAAAGGACGUGGGACAUUGAGUGAGAAUGAACCAGGAUUCAAAUGCUUGAUCUGCAAGAAGAUUUACACCCAAAAGUCCGGUGUAAGGCAGCACAUAGCGAGGGUACAUCUGAAAAUCCAGCCCUACAUGUGCAAGGUCUGUGGGAAAAUGGAAACGCAUCUCUCAAAGCUGAGAGAUCAUGAAUUGUCACACGAAAAAAUAGCUAGAUUCUCAUGUGAGUUCUGUGGGAAGAAACUCACCAAAAUGAUGGCCCUGAAGAGGCACAAGGAAACAAUUCAUUUCGAAGAGAUGCGUCUGGAUGAGAAGCCAUUCAUUUGUAUUUACUGCGGAGAGGAUUUGAAGCAGAACACGCUGUACUACGAGCACCUGAGGCACUCCCAUUCGGAUGUUAGGCACUACAAAUGCCGCUAUUGCCCUACGAAGAAGGUCAUGAAGUUCAUUGAGCUCCAUGAGAGGAUUCACACGGAAGAGCGACCGUUUGAAUGUGAAUUUUGCCUGAUGAAAUUCAAAACUUCCAAAGCUCAGGCUAAGCAUGAGCUCCUGCACAAAGAUGCACCAAAGUACCCGUGUGAAGUGUGCGGGAAGAGUUUCACGACGUCCAGUAAUUGCCGGAUUCAUCAGCGCAUCCACACGGGAGAGACACCCUUUGGAUGCCCAACGUGCCCUAAAAGAUUCUACGAUAAAAAGAUGUGUAAGAAGCACGUUGCGAAAUGUGCAGAAGCAGAGGAAACGUCUUAAUAAUUAUUAAUUUAAUUCUAUUAGUGAAAUAAAACAUUAUUUUUCAGAAAA